AUGUGUGUGUAUGUCCGUGAACGUAAGUACGUGCGUGUGUGCGUGCACAAGAGCGUAGCUCGGCGGCUGGGCCGGGCCGGGCCUUCCCUGCGGGCUGCAGCCCACCCAGGCCCAGCAGAGGGGCAGCAACGGAGGGGAAUCAACGAGCAGGCGUACAAGCAUUGUGCUGUUGUGCACAGCUGGCAGGGAGCUGUGGGAACCCGGGCGUCCCCCUCCCUGCACGGCUCCUGGGAAGAGCUGCCUGCGCUGCCCGUGCCCAGAGGGCUGCCUCUGAGCCGCUCGCUCCACAGAGCGUCUCUUGUUCUUGCCUCUUCAAGUGCCUACAAGAGGUUCAGUGAACUGCUGCCAGAGGAGGAGAAGGAGAAUGCCCGCUCAGUUCGGAUUCCCAAGGACAGGAUCCUGACGUUGCCGGAACUGAGGGCAAACCCCUUCCAGCACCGCAUCUGCCACGUGUUCUCCACUUCAGAGGACAGGGAUGACAGCAUGUCCUUUGAAGACUUCCUUGAUAUGCUGAGUGUCUUCAGCGACUCUGCUACCUCAGAGAUCAAAUCCCACUAUGCUUUCCGCAUCUUUGAUUUUGAUGGUGAUGGGACUCUGGGCAAAAAGGACCUGGAGAACUUGGUGAACUGUCUGACGGGGCAAGGCGAGGAGUCCAGACUGAGCAACGCGGAGAUGGAGCAGCUCAUCCAGAACAUCCUGGAGGAUUCUGACAUCGACAAGGAUGGCACCAUCAAUCUCGCUGAGUUCCAGCACGUCGUCUCUCGCUCCCCUGACUUUGCCAGCUCCUUCAAGAUUGUUCUGUGACAACCCCACAGCCCUUCAGCAGAACUGCUUCUCUGGCUACUGCAGCUCUUCAUGAUCUCCAGCUACUUCCUCUUUUUGCAAGCAGAGUGGCAGAGGGUGCUGCUCUGUACCAGCCUGAGAAUGCCAUUCAGUGCCUUACGCAGGAGACCCCCCUCCUGCUCCCCUUUCACACCCCGCAGGCAAGAUUGCAGGCUGCUCCAUAGUCCUGCAGCCAGCACCGUCCUUGGGUGGCUCCGCAGACUGCAGGGGUGCAGAUCCCAGGGAGCUGCCCUGCCUGGAGGCCGGGCCAAGUCUGCUUGGCCAGGAAGGAGCUCUGCUCUCAAUGGAUCAAAUCGUAACUCCUCA